GAAUCUAUAAUUGUCAAAUAAUUGGGCCGGGAUUUAGUACAUUGGGCCGUUCUCAUAAACCAUAUUCAUCAACUCUAACCCCAACUUGAUUCAAAACCCUUAAAAACAAUCGACCCUAUGUUAAACCACCGUGCACGUCGCCGUUAACCGCCACCGGACGACGCAUUCUUCCGCUUUCUCCGUCGCCGCCACACUCACCGGACCUACUCUCCGGCGAACUCUCAAUCACUCCACCAAAACCUCAUAUUCAAUGGAGGAUUUCAUGGAAAUCGACGAAAAAGAACACACUGACGAACCUAAGAAGACCAAAACAAAGAAGCGGAAACAGACUAAGACCGAAGACGACGUCGUUGUGGCGUCUUCGAUGAAGAUGAAGAUUAAAGGAAUAAUAUUAUCUGUAACGAAGCCUUCUUAUACUUUAAAAAGAGGUUUAGGGCGAGAGUUACGGAGUUUGCGGUCUGAACAUCGGAAUAGAUUACGGUAUCUGCUCCGGCAACUUGUUCGGCGUCAAAAUUGGGAUGAAGCUUGCGGUGUGUUGAGUUUGUUGUUGAAGGGGACGUAUAAGGAGAGUGGUUUGGUGAACAAUCGGAUUAAGUAUUGGGCUACAUUGAAGCUUCUAGAACAUAUGAAAGCUGCAAAAUUGGAACCAAAAGCAGUCCUGAAUGUGUACGAUGUAUGGGCGAAGAAGGAUUGUGCAGCUACAAAAAAUAAGCGGCAACUGAAGGGUAGGUUGGAUAUAAAGUCAGAAUUACUCCUUAUCUUUCUUUUACGAGGUGACUUUAGUAUGGCCAACGAUGCAGUUAUAAGCCUUCAGCAAGAGAGUGACUUCUCAAGCAACUCGAUAGCAAAUUUGGUUGCGGGGUUAGCGUUUUCUCAUCGAUGGUACAAUGCGAUUCAGAAAGAAGUUUCUUUACAUGAUACACUUGAAUCUAGUAGCCCCGCUCAAUCAGUGAUGUCUGGUACCCACGAAAUCAUAUUAACUAAUCACUCUAACGGACAAAGUGCUGUUGAAGUUCAAGAUUCAGGUUCUGUUCUUCAACCAGAUUCAAAUACCUCUGUUAGAAUCGGCAAAGAAGGCGUUGACCAAGAUAGAAAAGUAGUUCCAAUGGAGGUUGACCGUGUACCAAAAAAAGAAAUACUUGAAUAUGACGAACUUGACAUGGAUUCUGACGAGAGUGGUCAAAACGGAAACUUAUCUCGGUUCGUUCAUACUGGCAACAAAAUUUAUGGCUCUAUAGUUGAUGCUACAGAUCUAGAAGAUCUGUUGAUGCCAAUAAAACUUCCGAGAAUGAAUUAUGAGGAAUUGAUAUCUCUUCAAAGAAGUAUACAAAACGACCACUAUAAAGUUGCGGUGAAGCUUUUACAGGACGCGCUUCAUUCGACUCCACCAGCGUUUGAGGCUUUACUUCCUCUAAUUCAGAUGCUUUUGUUUGGGGAUCAAGUCAAAGAAGCUAUAGAAGAGGUGGAAAGUAUUGUUAAAAAUUCUCAUGCUGCACUUCCGUUUAGGUUAAAAGCUAGUCUUCUGGAGCAUUUUUCCAAAGAGGAUGCAAACAAACUGUCGAUAUGCUUUGAGGACGCGUUACGAAAAGAUCCUACUUGUAGCCGCUCACUUGCAAAGCUAAUCAGCUUGCAUCAUGCUGGAGAUUACAGCAUAGAAAGAUUGGUAGAGAUGAUUGCUUUGCAUCUAGAUGCUACAUACGCUGGCUGUGAUAUUUGGAAAGAGUUUGCUUCAUGCUUUAUAGAGCUUUCCCGAUGCGAUGACGAUAGAAUGUCGAGUUGUGUCAACAGUUACGGUGAUAGUCACACAGAGAUUUCAAAGAGUAUUCCCGAUAUGUUUCAAGAAGAAGUAUCGAGUAAGAACUGGAGAUUACGUUGUCGGUGGUGGCUGACACGUCAUUUCACCCAAACCAUACUUGCGUCAGAAGUUACAUCAGGGAGCUUUGAGCUCGUAGCGUACAAAGCAGCAUCAGCAUGCCAUCUUUAUGGUCCAGAACUUGCGUACGUUGUUACGGCGCGUAGAUACUUAAAAAGGGAAAAAAGGCAAGAAAUAUUAAUUUUGAAAGAGCACAUGGAAAAUGCUAUUGGAUUAACACAACAUAACACACGUUCUUGGGCCAAUUCAGAUGUGUAGUACGCCUCUGGCUCCGCUUUUGUUGGUAUAUUUUGAAAUUUUGAUCAAAUUAAAUCCAUAUUCCAUGCUGAGUAUUGCAAUUUCAUAACCCUGUGUAAUAUAGAGCUUGUUGGGAGCAAUUUUGUAUAUUAUUCUAACAUAAUAUAUCAUCAAGGCUCGGAUUUUGGACCGUGUUGACCGAGAGGUACCAUGCAUACUACAGUCUCACACAACGCGCUAUGUAACCUUUGAAAAUGUUGACAGAUGGCUAAAAGAGCUCAGAAAAACAUUUUGGUCAACAUUUGGGUCAAAGGAGUUGACAUUUGGAAUGAUCUACGUCAUUGCCAGAAGGCCGAUGUCGGGUCAAGGAUGUCGUUUCAGCUUCGAAGAAAGUUGGUUGACUUUUUACUUGACAAUGGCCGGUAUGUUUGAUCAGAUUGGUUGUACUUGUGUUUUGACUAAUGAAGUAGAUCAAGCUACUGGUGGUGUUUUUGUAUUGUCUUAAAUGGCAACUGUAGUGAAUCUUGUGUAAAUGAGUGGCGCUAUUAUAUAAUUCAAAGCAAUUUGUGAUGUUGGUUU